AUGAUUUCUCAGUUUUUUAUUUUAUCUCCUCAACGAGGUGACACUCUAGUAUUCCGUGAUUACCGCCACGAUGUUUCUCGCAAUACCUCUGACCUAUUUCUUGACAGAUUAAAAACUUGGCAUAAAGAACAUGGUCCAGAUCAAGAUCCUCCCCCAACCUUUAACGUCGAUGGUGUUCAAAUCUUGUUCACAAAUAUUCAAGGAUUAUACUUUGUAUGCACUACAAGAUUUAAUGUAUCUACUUUUAUGACCUUUGAAUUACUUGACCGUAUUGCUAGUUUAAUGAGAGACUUUUGUGGAAUAUUAAGUGAAGAAUGUGUGCGACUAAAUUCUAGCUUAAUUUACGAAUUAUUAGAUGAAGUAAUUGAUUAUGGUUAUCCUCAGACAACAUCAACCGAUCAAUUAAAAUUAUUUGUUUAUGAAGAACCUGUACCUGUUAAGAAAGAAAAUAUAAUAUUUAAUUCUAUAGCAAAACCAAUUAGUAAACCAACCGCCCAUUCACGUGAUGAAGGGAGAUAUAAACAAAAUGAAGUCUUUAUUGAUAUUAUUGAACGACUUAUUGCUUCUUUUGCUUCCGAUGGAAUGACAAUCCAUGCUGAGAUUAAUGGAUCAAUACAAAUUAAAAGUUAUCUACAAGAUAACUCCGAGAUUCGUAUUAUCCUGAAUUCUAGUAUGACUCAUGGUCGAGACAUGUAUAAUACUGAUGAUCGAUUUGGGAUCAUAUUUGAUGACUACAAGUUUCAUGAAUUGGUGGAUUCUUCAGAUUUUGAAGGACACAGACAAUUGAUUAUAUUUCCACAAGAAGGAGAAAUAACUGCUAUGAUUUAUCGAAUAUCUAGUGAUGUUAGUUUGCCAUUUCGGAUAUUUCCACAAAUUUUAGAUGUUCCAGGGAGUCCAAAUAAAUUGGAUGUUAUUAUUCGAAUUCGGGCAGAUUUUCCCGAAGAUAAGUUCGCGACAAAUUGUACAGUAAUUGUGCCUUUACCGUAUAUCACUCAAAGCGUGUCAAACGAACAUUUGGAUGGAUUUGCGGAUCAGUCAGCUCGAUAUGAUAGCCGUGUAAGAAAAGUGUUUUGGACGAUUAAUAGGUUGAAGGGUGGUACUGAGCAAUCAUUCAAAAUAAAGGUCACUGGUGCAAGUCAAUUUUCCCCCGCAGCCCACUUGGAAAUAGGACCUAUCAACCUUGAAUUUGAUAUACAAAACUACACGUGUUCUAACGUUCAAAUUCGUCGCCUUAAAGUAUUUGAAAAGAAUGAUUCAUUACCGCCACAGCGAUGGGUUAGAUAUUUGACGCUCGCUGAAAGUUACGUAUUUCGUAUUUGA